CGGAGGAGGCCUGGCUGCGCCGCUCGGCUCUCUGCCCGGGCCCCCGGUCCCGCCGUUCCCCGCCGGCUCGGGGCUCUGCGGCGGGGGCUGGGGCGUUGCGGGACGUUGGGUGAGGACUGCUCCGGCGUCCACCGCUCGCGCCUGAUGCCUCCAAGGCUUUUGUGACUACCAGAUAGCCCAUCAUGUCUGAGCCCCUGACCCAGGACCAAGCAGUGAUUGCUGAGGGAGAUGCACUCCCAUGCAAGCGAGAUGAGGAUGCCAGGGAGAGGACUCAGAGCUCCCACCGAAUGCUGGGCUUCAGUGAUGCAUUGCUGUCCAUCAUUGCCACUGUCAUGAUUCUGCCUGUGACCCACACAGAGAUCUCACCAGAGCAGCAGUUUGACAAAAGUAUACAGAAACUUCUAGCAACCAGGAUCGCUGUCUACCUGAUGACAUUUCUAAUUGUAACUGUGGCCUGGGCAGCACACACCAGAUUAUUCCAGGUUGUUGGGAAAAUAGAUGAUACACUUGCCUUGCUCAACCUGGCCUGCAUGAUGACAAUUACCCUUCUACCCUACACAUUUUCUCUAAUGGUGACAUUUCCUGAUGUGCCCCUGGGCAUCUUCCUGUUCUGCGUGUGUGUGAUUACCAUUGGGGCCGUGCAGGCGCUGAUUGUGAGUUAUGCCUUCCACUUCCCACACCUGUUGAGCCCACAGAUCCAGUGCUCCCCACAGAGAGCUCUGUCAAGGCAGCGCAUCCUGUGCCUUGUGCUCCGUGGCCCAGCACUAUGCCUUGUUGCGGCUGUCUUCUCCCUUUUCUUCUACCCCAUGUCAUAUCUGUUGAUGGUGACUGUCAUCUUCCUCCCUCACAUCAGCAAGGCCACCAGCUGGUGCAAAGACAAGUUCAUGGGCCGCAUGGAGCCUCCAGAUCACAGUGUGCAGCCCUUCAGCUUUGACCUACAUGCACCUCUCAGCAAAGAGCGAGUAGAAGCCUUCAGUGACGGUGUCUAUGCCAUUGUGGCCACACUGCUCAUCCUGGACAUCUGUGAGGACAAUGUUCCGGAUCCUAAGGAUGUGCAAGACAAGUUCCACGGCAGCCUCGUGAGUGCCCUGGGUGCCUAUGGGCCACAGUUCCUGGCAUACUUUGGUUCCUUCGCCACAGUGGGUCUGCUCUGGUUUGCCCACCAUUCACUCUUCCUGCAUGUCCGAAAGGCCACACAGACCAUGGGGCUGCUCAACGCUCUGUCCCUGGCGUUUGUGGGUGGCCUGCCGCUGGCCUAUCAGCAGACAUCAGCCUUCGCCCGGCAGCCCCGUGAUGAGCUCGAGCGUGUGCGUGUCAGCUGUGCCAUCAUCUUCUUGGCUAGCAUCUUCCAGUUUGCCAUCUGGACUGCUGCCCUGUUGCACCAGGUGGAGACGCUACAGCCAGCUGUGCGGUUUGGUGGGCAGGAGCAUGCGUUCAUGUUUGCCAAGCUUGCUCUGUACCCCUGUGCCAGCCUGCUAGCCUUUGCUGCCACCUGCCUGCUGAGCCGGUUCAGCACAGCCAUUUUCCACCUCAUGCAGAUCUCAGUGCCCUUUGCGUUCCUACUGCUGCGCCUCCUUGUGCGCCUCGCCCUGGCAGGUCUGCAAGUUAUACGAAGCCUCCGGCCACAGCACCCCCAACCCGACCAGGGUGAGCCCGAGGCACAGUCCCAGCUCCUGCCUGCCCCCUGCUAGCACCAAGAAAGCUAUACUUGCCAUCCUAGGCAGACUGAAGGGGGCCACAUGGCCACGGGGCUGUGGUUUAUUGGCUGGUAUUGUUUCUAUUGUGAAAUACCAAGAUAUGUUUGA